GGAGAAGAAGCCGGUGGAGGGAGGAGCCGGUCCAGGUUUGUGCAGGGGAGAGCCUCGCCAGCGGUCCCGGCGGUAGAGGCCAACCCUGCGGAGAGGGAGUCGCCGGCCGCCCCGCCUGCCCCGCACCACGACCUCGAGGCCCGCGCCUCGCCCCUCGCCCUCCUCGCCAGCCGCAGCCUGGGGCGCAGCCUAGGCGACCCCCAUCAGUGCACACGCCGUAACUAAUUGCCCUUUCUUCUGGCCAUCGGCCCGAAGCACGACCUCGACGGCUAUCCUCGGAUCAGCGGGAAACCCAUCAGCUGCAGGCGCCCCAGCUUCAGGACCACUUCCAGACCUCUUGACCGCCUGCCACCAGCGCGCAAAGGACCCUUCAGCCCGCGACGGGGUCCUAGUCCCGGUCCCAACACCACUGAGGGCGCCUGGCCUCGAGCUCCAGAACACGAGCAGAGCCGUCGGUGGGCGGGACACUCCAGAGCCUCUGUCCCCACCGAGCCAGCCCGGAAACCGCGGGUGCCCAGCCUCCAGCGCGCCCCUGCCGGGGAAGCUGUGCUCCAGGUGCCAGCGCGCGAGGGGCCCUCGGAGCUCUCCGCAGAGGGGCCCAGCGUCCGUUCCCGAGCCCCUGCGCGCCGAACCCCGCAGUUCUCAGACCCGCCUCGAUCCUCGAUUGAAGCGGGCGGCGGGGACGCGGGACGGCUGCACCAUGACUGCCGAAAGCGGGCCGCCGCCGCCGCCACCGCAACCGGAAGCCCUGGCGGCAGUAAAGGAGGAACGCGGUGAGGCCGGGGCGGGGGUCCCGGCGGAGGCGGCGGGCCGCGGUGCGGGUGGGCGGCGGCGCAAGCGCCCCCUGCAGCGCGGGAAGCCGCCCUACAGCUACAUCGCGCUCAUCGCCAUGGCCAUCGCGCACGCGCCGGAGCGCCGCCUCACGCUCGGCGGCAUCUACAAGUUCAUCACCGAGCGUUUCCCCUUCUACCGCGACAACCCCAAAAAGUGGCAGAACAGCAUCCGCCACAACCUCACGCUCAAUGACUGCUUCCUCAAGAUCCCGCGCGAGGCCGGUCGCCCGGGCAAAGGCAACUACUGGGCUCUCGACCCCAACGCCGAGGACAUGUUCGAGAGCGGCAGCUUCCUGCGCCGCCGCAAGCGCUUCAAGCGCUCGGACCUCUCCACGUACCCAGCCUACAUGCACGACGCCGCCGCCGCCGCUGCCGCCGCCGCCGCGGCCGCGGCCGCCGCCAUCUUCCCGGGCGCGGUGCCCGCUGCGCGCCCGCCUUACCCGGGUGCCGUCUACGCGGGCUAUGCCCCGCCGUCGCUCGCCGCGCCGCCCCCGGUCUACUACCCCGCUGCGUCGCCCGGCCCGUGCCGAGUCUUCGGCCUCGUGCCCGAGCGGCCGCUCAGCCCAGAGCUGGGCCCCGUGCCGUCGGGACCCGCGGGCUCCUGCGCCUUUGCCUCCGCCAGCGCCUCUGCCACGACCGCCAGCUACCAGCCCGCGGGCUGCGCGGGAGCCCGACCUGCCAACCCCUCCGCCUAUGCGGCCGCCUACGCGGGCCAGGACGGCUCAUACCCUCAAGGGGCCAGCAGUGCCCUCUUCGCGGCCGCUGGCCGGUUGGCGGGGCCCGCAUCGCCCCCCUCAGGUGGCAGCAGCGGCGGCGUCGAGACCGCAGUGGACUUCUAUGGGCGCACGUCGCCCGGCCAGUUCGGAGCGCUGGGGCCCUGCUACAAUCCGGGUGGGCAGCUCGGAGGGAGCAGUGCAGGUGCCUACCAUGCUCGCCAUGUGGCCGCCUAUCCCGGCGGGGUAGAUCGUUUCGUGUCUGCCAUGUGAGCCGAGCAUACGGUCGGAAAUUCAUAGAUGCCUCGGCAGUUUACACGAACGAAGUAUCCCGGAGACCUGAGGACAGGACUGGAGAGAGGGCCGAACUGAGAACCACAUAGAAGGGACCGUGGGAAGGAGACGCGCAGCCUCCGAGUGCAUCACGUACACACCUGGUUUACUUUGUUAAUAGGAGGAAAUGAGGAAAGGCACCCUCAGCCCAGGGACUGGGGAAAAAAAGUGCCCUCAGUCAGGUGAAGCGCCAAAGGACUCAGCUUUCAGGUGGCGCAGCAUAGUGUCUACACCAGACGCUAGGAUCCGAAUUGUGGGGAGUCACGAUUUCACUCUUCCCUGUAUUGUGCGAAACUCGGGCCUUUUACACGGGUUCAGCCUCUUGUGCCUUUGACUAUGUUGCCUCAAUAAAAGGCUCCAAUAGCGCCUUCCUUCUUAAGGUGAGGAAGACAAGUUUGCAAAAGAA